UGUUCCGCUCUUCAUGCUCUUGUCUCAGAGGCUACACAUUGCCUUUCUUCAUCACUUUCGUGUGUUUAUCGAGGGUUACCUUGCUGUGUUAUCACCAAACAUGAAUAAUGGUACAGUGUCGAAAAAGAUAGGUAAAAAACGUACAGUAGGAACUGCUACGGACUCGCAGGAUCAGCCGACGGAUGAUUCGGGACCUCCGUCUUCUCCGAUAUCGUGUUCACAAAAAAGCGUGGAGGAUGAAACCACUGCAACGAGUUCGAGUUCUUCACAAGAUUGCGAAGUUGAAGUAUUCGGUGCGAGAAAGAAGAAAAUAAGUCCAAUAAAACUGCCAGCAUCGGCCAGAUCAUGGAAGGAUGAUACUUGGUGGGCUGAUGGGGACGUGCUUAUGGGGUCUCCUCUGGAGGUAUUGCGCAUAAAAUACGAUAGUGAAUUCAUUGACAAUGGCGCUGACGACGAGCAUGACUAUAUGAGGAUAUUCGAAAUGGCCAAUGUGAAGAUCGACCAAGACCUGGAAGAAAAAAUUAACAAAAAGCAGGAAGAAAUGACUAAAUGGUUACCCGAGAAGUUCAACAUCGAAAAUCUGGACUUCGAAGACACAGAAAUAUUGAAAUUAAGCAUGAGCUUCCUAAUAUAUAUAAUGGAUAAAAAAAAAAACGCCUGUAAACGCCGAGGUUGGAGCAACAUGGAUCAACAAGGGUACUGGAUAUAUCAUGGAUGUAUGGCAUUCCUUAAAAGAUUGAAAAGUAUCUUUGAAAUGUGUUUAGCCCAACCACCUGCAAAACCUGAUGAACAGACCUUCACUUGGCUUUUCUGUACAUUUACACAGAUGCUAUCAAUUGAUUUGCCUUCCGGCGGAUGUAUGCCCCGUUCCUUGAGGGUGUGUGGUAAUGAUGUGAAAUCUAUCCCUGAUUUGCGUAUGCUGAAAUUUGAAGACAUGAAACUGAAGGGAUGUUAUGAUAUCUCUGUUGUCACUGUUGGUGAGGUGAAAAAACGCACUGUGAGUGUAGUGAAAGAUCAGGAAGAACAAUCUGAUGCAGCAGGAGAUAACUUGAUAAAGCGACGUCGUCUUGACAAACUGAAAAACACAUUUUCAAGUGAUCUUCGUGGACAGCAUGCUGCCGAGUUAUUAGUUGAGCUUCCAUUUUCAGCUGUGAAAGGUUAUAACAACGACAACCUUAUCUUUGGUUUGGUCAUCCAGGCAACAAAGGUCAGUCUUACUUGUCUAAAGAUGAAGAAACAGCACCUGCAAGAGCUGCUUGAGGAGACAAGUGAAGUAAGUCCUUCACACGAGGCGAACAUUUUUUACACUAGACCGUAUGAUAUGUUAUGUGCAGAGGAUCGAAAGCACUUGGUUUACAUUUUGACAACUUUGGCUAAGCUUGCUGGUCAUAUAUGAAUACUGUAAUCAAGCCCUCUUCGUAUGCACAUUCCUGUUUGUCCCUGCUCAUGUGACUAUCUUAAAAACAACUGGACUGAUUAGCGAACAGCCAGUGGGUCAAGAUCAAUUAAUGCAUUUACCCACAUCACUGCAAUAAUUCGAGUGUUCAAACACAGACUGUAAGUUGUGUUCCAACAUAUAUGGGUAGAAAGAUUUAUAGAAUUUAUAUGGGUAUCAAGUUGAUGCAUUGGCAUUCCUGCCGUAUUUCUGACAAUACUAUAGGCAGGAAAGUUUUUCACGCUUUUUUGAAAAACCUGAAUGCGUUUUAACAUGUUAAACCAAUUUCUUCUCUCGUUGAUAAUGCAGAAUUUUAUCUGCAUUUUAACAUGUUAAACCAAUUUCUUCUCUCGUUUUAUGGGGUUUUAAUAUGAGACCUUAAUAUCCGGCAAUUUUUUUAAACCCAGUUAUGUGGCAUAUAUACAUAUGCACUAGUAACGUCCACAGUGCGUAUAUGCCUCGGAGUUAUGUAAGUGUCAAAUAUACCACGUUUUGGACACUACCUAUUUCACUGGCUGCUCUUCGAGACAGUGAAUUGUGUAAGCCUACCUCUAAAUACAUUUCAUUGUUUACAAAAUAGAAAAACAUCACCUUCUCAAGGCGCUGUAAUUGUUGGGUGUCACCUACCACUUUUAUUGAUUAAUCUGUAAAAAUAUUGUACAUGAAUUUGUAUUCUGCACCAUUUUCUCCUGUUAAAUGUCUUCUUGUCUUAUCUGUCUGCACUGUAUUUUCAACCGAUAUAAAUGUAUGUAUAGGUCCAAUAAACUUAAUUUGAAUUAUGAAUUUUUGGUUGAGAACCGGAACCUAAUGAGGAAAUGCUAUCUGUGACAAAUCACCGCGAGCAGCAAAUAUGUUUAGGCCUAAACAUAAUUGCGCCAACCUGGCUCUUGCUGAUCAUCUUCCUUGUUGGCUCACCGUAGGGGAGUCUAUACAACACCGCAGUGUCCGUCGUCCGUCGUCGUUGUCCGUCGUAUCCUAGUUCAAAAACAGUGGCACGUUUUUUAACCACUAGGCCUAUGAACUUAAAACUUUGUACACAUGACCCCCUAGGUCAGAUGACCCGU